AAUAGAAUACAGAAGAAAGACUUGUUAAAACCUUCCUAAAUUUAGUGUGUUCAGUAAUGGCCCAUUCCUCUUCAUUCCUAUACCGAAAACUUCGAUCAAUUCUUCGUUUUUUGGUUCAUGGCCAUCGAAUUAACACGAGUCUUGCCUUAAACAGCAAUUUUAUGAGUUACUUUCCCCCCCUCUCAUCACCACCACUCUUUCUAGACAUUUGUCAAAAAGUUAUCUAAGUGUUUUUUUUUUAUCAUUUUUAUCUUAGUUUUCUUUGAAUUUCAUUUCUUCUUGAAGCUUGAAAAUAUGCCAAAAAUUUCUUGUAGAAUUCGAUAGUCUGGUUUCUUAAUAAGAACUGUAGUUUGAAUUCAUUGCUGCCAUGAGUCUGGUGACUUAUCUCAUCAAAGCAAGUUUUAUUGUCCAAAUUUGAAGCUUUAAUUUGUCAUCAACACCUCUCCUACUAAAGGCUAGCUACUUUACAGAAAGUUAUUUUUCCAGUUAACCAAAUGUCAAACAACAAAAUGAAGGGCCUUUUAAAAGGCUUAAGAUACAUUUCUCAAAUAUUCGAUAAUGACGGGAAAGAGCCUGAAAUGCAGAUUGGUUAUCCCACAGAUGUAAAACAUGUUGCCCACAUAGGAUGGGAUGGUCCCUCUAUAAAUUCACCGAGCUGGAUGACCGAGUUUAAAUCUCCACCGGAAUUCUCUUCGGCUCCCUUAAGUCUCGAUCAAGACUCGAAGGAGGAAGGUUCUGUGAAAUGGGUGUCUGAAGGUUCAAGUCGGAAAGGUUCACGGGCACCAAAUUCUCCACCAGGGGCGCCUGGUUCUCCAGUAGGAUCACAAAAUUCCCCAGCUCGGGACUUGCCUGAAUUGCCGAAAUCAUCUAGACGGCGUUCAUCGACCGGUACAUCAGCUGAAUCUCCAAGCAAGGAAAAAUCAGAUAAACCUAAACAAUCUAGGCGGUCUUCACGAAAUGGCACCAAAGAUUUAUUGGAUGGUUCUAAAACAAGUCGAAAUCACAAGGAUCCUAGUGUAGAGAAUAAGCCACCCUCAGAUUUACCUGAAAUACCAAAGAAAACUCGGAGAAAGAAAUCGAAAGAUGCCUCUGUUGGGGGGUCUUCAUCAAGAUCAAGAUCAAGAUCUAAAGUCCCAGCUUCGGAGGGGGAUGAGGGAUCAGAAAUGAUAUCCAAAUCUAGUAACAGUGGUGAGCAAGUUCAAACCAGAGCUUUAAGUCCUUCAUGGGAUGGUGAAGAGAGUGGAUUUAGUGGAAUUUCUUGAACAUAUUGUAAUACUAAUGUUCUUACAUCGGGUAGCUGCUAGAAUCUUUAGUUGAAAUCAAACCAAUCGAGUUCAUUUCCUUUUUGUCUCCGUUGACCCUUAAAUGAUCCUUACGGUAGGUAUAUCACUCGUAAGAACUGAGAGCUGAGAACCGAAUCUCUUUCCUUAACUAGAAUAGCUUCAUAUUUGUUUUUUUGUUUCUUGAACAACACAAGGACAAAAAUAUGAUAGUUACAUAA